AAAAAAAAAUCUGUCCGAAAUCAGGAACUUUCGUGCACGAACGCCGUCGUUAAAGUUGCUGAUUGAUGAGGCAUCAAGCAGAUCUUCCUGAAGCAUCAAGAAGAAGUGAAAUCUGCAGAGACAGUUUAUUGAAGGACAGUAAGAACAUGAGAGAUCCAGAACCCUGCAAAAUGAAACGCACUGAAGAACAAACAGAGAUGAUUGAAGAAAACGAGGAGAAUGAAGAACUGAAUGAAGAGGAGGAGAAACAUCACGUCAAAACUGGAGAAAAACCUGUGAGUCCCUCUCAAACUAAAACAAGAUUUACAGAAAAGAAGAGAUAAGAAAUGUUCACCUGCACUUAAUUUGUAAAGAGUUCGACAAGCAAAUAUAGUCUAGAGAUUCACAUAAGGAUCCACACUGGAGAGAAACCGUUCACAUUUGAUCAGUGUGGGAACACUGGAUAUAAGUUUUUAUAUCCUAUUUCACAAAUCUGUAGCAAUUGCUGUAUUUAUAACGGGUGUUUGUUUGCUUACACAUCUAGUUAUUCUUGAUGUAUUUAGCAAAUGAAGAUGCAGGAUAUACUUUGAAGAAAGUUAUUUUAUUAACAACUUUGUCCAUAUUUAAUGCUAUAGUGUG